AUGCACAGUAUUCAAUUGUUAAUUGUUAUUGCAAUUCUGUUACUGGUAGAAUGCGAUGAACUUUUACUUCUUCAGGCGAUCUGGAGACAUGGUGAUCGUUCACCUAUACAAUCAUGCAAAGGUUAUCCGAUACAGACACAACAUUGGCCUCAAGGAAAAGGACAGCUUACAGCGGAGGGAAUGGCACAACAAGUUAAAUUAGGAAAGAUUAUUUACAAUCGUUAUGUUGACUCACUUAAUUUUCUCAGUCCAUAUUAUGAUGCACAUCAGAUAUACGUACGCUCAACGGACGUGAACAGAACUUUAAUGAGCGCUAUGGCAAAUUUUAUUGGAUUUUACAAUAAUCCAUCUCAGAAUGAGCGCAUUGGUAUCGACUUCCCGAACGCGACAGAAUGGCCGCGCGGUUUUGUCGCAGUCCCAAUACAUACAGUUGCUGAUGAAACUGAUUACAUAGGAAAUCCUGAUGCAAAUUGUCCACGACAAGAGUGGCUCUCAAAAAUGGUACAGCAAACACCUGAAUGGAAAAAUUUAACGAAAAAUUAUGUGAAAGUUUUAAAAGAAUUGGAGACAAUAUGUAAACAAUCAAUAGCACUCACUGAUGUAUGGUUCUGUGUAGACACAUUUUAUUGUGAGAAAAUGCAUGCAUUUACUACACCUGUUAGCAGUCUUCUAUACGAUCAAUUGGAACAAUUAAACAAUGAAAUUCAAAAUUAUGAAAAUGGUUUAAAUUUACAACCAUUUGAGGAAGUUGAUUUCAAACAUGAAAUUGGAAAAAUUCGAGGUGGUAGUAUUCUUUGGUCAAUGUUGAAUCAUUUCGACUUGAAGCUGCAUUGUUUGAAAUCCGAAAAUUUUGAAAGUGCUAAUUGCACAUGGAUGAAGGAUCUCAAGUAUUAUGCAUAUUCAGCGCAUGAUACAACACUAGCAGCAUUAAUGUGUACUUUGGAUGCUAAACAUAAAAUUUUGAUUAAUGGUGGAUAUCCAAAAUAUUCAGCUGCCAUGUUCUUUGAACUCUGGAAUACAACAAAUGGACCAGGAUUGAAAGUCUAUUAUCACCGCGAUUUCACUGAAGAUCAGUUAGAAGACGUUACUGAUUUACUUGACCAUUGCUCAGAACAUAUGGACUCGAAUGGUUUCUGCAAUUACGAAAAAUUCCGCACUAAUGGAAUUGUUUAUUAUCCAGGAAAUGAAGAUGAAUUAUGUCAGGAUACAAAAUCCAAGAGAACAUCUUUCAAUCCAGAUGAAUAUGAAACAAAAGCAACUUCAACAGUAACACUUGCUCCUGUUGCCUACAUUUUAUUACUUUUACAAGUCUUUAUAUCUUGA